AUGCGCUUGAUGGAAGGAGAACAUGUCGGACCAUUCAAUCUAGGAAACCCGGGUGAAUUCACCAUGCUUGAACUUGCUCAGGUGGUUCAAGAAACAAUUGAUCCUAAUGCUAAGAUGGAAUUCAGACCCAAUACAGAGGAUGAUCCACACAAAAGUAAGCCUGAUAUUUCUAAGGCGAAGGAGUUGCUGGGUUGGGAGCCCAAAGUGCCUCUUCGUAAGGGUCUCCCGAUGAUGGUCACUGACUUCAGUCAACGUAUCUUCGGGGACCACAAGGAACGUGAGUCCUCGACUUCAACAUAA